CGUGCAGGGAGACGAUAGAUAGACUCCACAAAGUGACUGUGUUCAUUCUUGGAUUUUGACAGCUUUUGUACACACACAAAGCGACAGACAGACAGAUUCAGGACGUUUUUGACGGCGAGCGAACCGAGGAUAACUCCAUGUGCUGUUAUUCACUGCUGCUGGGCCUGAGCUGAUUUGUCAGCCUUGUGUAGGUUUGGUUUUCACCCCCCAAGUGUCCUCUGGACAUCAGCUGACCAUGGUGUUCUAAAGAGAGGAAACGCAGGAAAAAGCCUGGCUCAGUGUGUUCACUCUAACACAGCAAGGCUCAACCGAGAGAGGAGCAGAGACGGCCCGGAGCAAAGAGGAAAAAGCAUAUUUAAACCCGAAAAUGUCUCAAAACAGAGAACUGGUGGCUUACUACAUAAACUAUAAACUAUCCCAGAGAAACUAUCCUCUCAACCACAUGGGACUCCAAACAGAGCCUCCAAACAGGACUGAUGGGGGGGAGGCGGGGUUGGGGGAGGAACAGCAGGUAGCGACGCACGCCAACGGGACUUUUAACGGCACGAGUCCCGGGACCCCACCGGCGUCCCCACAGCGGCAGGAACGGUUGCCAUCAACGACAAGCCUGGACGCAGUGAAAGAAGCCCUGCGGGACUCGGCCAACGAGUUUGAACUGCGGUACGCCCGCGCCUUCAGCGACCUGCACAACCAGCUGCACAUCACGCCGGCCACGGCCUACCAAAGCUUUGAGAACGUGAUGGACGAGGUGUUUCGGGACGGAGUCAACUGGGGCCGCAUAGUGGGGCUUUUUGCUUUCGGCGGGGCGCUGUGCGUAGAAUGCGUGGAGAAGGAGAUGAGUCCGCUGGUGGGCAGGAUCAUAGAGUGGAUGACGGUCUACCUGGACAACCACAUUCAGCCCUGGAUCCAGAGCCAAGGAGGAUGGGAGCGCUUUGCUGAGAUCUUUGGGCAGGACGCAGCGGCAGAGAUCAGGAGGUCUCAGGAGAGUUUCAAGAAGUGGCUGCUGGCGGGGAUGACCCUGGUGACCGGGGUCGUGGUGGGCUCUUUCAUUGUCCAGAAACGCCUGUGAGGGGAGAUGGACGACAACCUUCCUUCCCCCACCUGCCUGCCUAUACACCACAGAAGUUAAAGUGAAGGUCCUGUUUAUUUGUCUCGUCAGAACUGCUGAUGAUGUUUACUCUUUUUUUUUUUUUUCGCCACUCACACGUCCUUCAGUGGACUAAGAAUCAUCACAUGUUGUUGAACCUUUGAGAAAAAUCCAGAGAGGAGGGAGGAUGUUUGUCAGUCGUCUUCAUGUGUUCACCUUCCUACACCAUGAUGAAAAUCGUGUGGUCAUACAGCGGCAGAAAUACUAUUCUUUCAUCCACUGAACCAAUUGUUCCUUAUAUCCUUUCUCCACUGGUUCCUGUAUACGUUCCUCCUUUUCAUGUUUGUAUGUAUUAGUUUUAACAAAUUUUGCUUUCCCAUUUAUGUUCCUCAAAAGAAGCUGAAACUGAUCUUCACAUUAACCCCAACCUGUCUGAUAUAAAGAGUCAGUGUGCCGUGGGGCCUGGGUUGCUGUACAUGUCUCGUCUUGAAGCUUGUUUUGUUGCUCGUCCCCACAGACGACUCUACAAUAGCUUUGUAUGUGCCAUAUGAAGAGUGAAAGCAGGGGAGGAUGUAGCACCUGCCCCUGAACAGCUUCUGUAGUUCCCACUGCCUGCCAGCCAUCCUGAUCACCAACACAUAUAAAAAACAUCAUAAUCCAUGACUCCAUACGCUGAUUGUCCUUUAUGCUCAUUGUUUGGUAUGAAAAGCAGUCAAACUGAUUUUCUCUUCAUAGAACAUGGGAGUGUUAAACUAAAAAGCUAAUGGGAAGCUAACUCCUCUGCUUGUUUGUGUUUGUUUGGUUUUGGAUUUGUGAACCAUUAAAGCCCCACUGCUCCCGCU